GGUUACCACACCGACGGUGUAGCAGCUGCAUAAUAAAUGACGGUGAGAAUCACGUUAGGCAUGCUCACCUAACCUAACUUGAAUCAUGUGUGCGGGGAGCUAUUGGAAUUCAAAUAGACUUUCUUGUUCCCAGCAGUCGGCAGUAAUAGAAUGCUUUGUGGAAGAUGACAGAUGCAGGGAAAAGAUGCUGUUUUGCACUAUCUUGAUUUGUUACAGCAGCCAACUUAUUGGCAUGAUGGAGUGACAAGCAAAAAUCAGCUGGCAUGGAAGAUGAAAGAGAAGAUGUUCAAAGGAAAACAUUCACGAAAUGGAUAAAUGCUCAGUUGGCAAAGUUUGGGAAAAAUCCAAUUGAAGAUCUGUUCACUGACCUUCAAGAUGGAAGAAGACUUUUGGAUCUACUUGAAGUUCUCACUGGUCAAAAGCUGGUAAAGGAAAAAGGCUCCACAAGGGUUCAUGCUUUAAAUAAUGUCAACAAAGCACUUCAAAUCUUGCAAAAAAACAAUGUUGAUUUGGUAAAUAUUGGCAGCUCAGAUAUAGUGGAUGGGAAUCACAAGCUGACCCUUGGUUUGAUCUGGAGCAUUAUUCUCCAUUGGCAGGUGAAGGAUGUAAUGAAAGGCAUUAUGGCUGACUUGCAGCAGACAAAUACUGAAAAGAUUUUACUAAGCUGGGUCCGCCAAUCAACUUGCAAUUACCCACAGGUCAACGUUAUCAAUUUCACCAGCAGUUGGUCUGAUGGGUUGGCUUUUAACGCACUCAUCCACAGUCACAGACCGGAUCUGUUUGAGUGGAAUAGUGUACUCUGCCAGCAGUCUGCUGUUCAGCGGCUGGAUCAUGCAUUCAACACUGCCCAGCGACACUUGGGAAUUGCAAAUCUUCUCGAUCCUGAUGAUAUUGCAACAGCUCAUCCUGACAAGAAGUCCAUUUUAAUGUAUGUUACCUCACUCUUCCAAGUCCUACCACAAAAAGUAUCCAUUGAAUCUAUUCGAGAAUUGGACACCUUGCCUCGCCAAAUCCUCACUCCAGAAGAGCAAAUCCGACAUUUCGAUCAGCGACAUUUCUCUCAGCAAAUCACUGUCAGUGUAGCACAGGGUCGUGUGCACACCCCUUCACCUCCGCCUAAACCUCGCUUCAAAAGCUAUGCCUACACGCAAGCUGCUUAUGUCAUGCACCCUGACCAAAAAGGGAGGCACUUCCCCCCACAGCCAAUGGAAGGAAUGGAUGAUAGAUCAUUAAGCAAAUUAGUGAUGGAGCCGAGAAUAGAUCUAGAAAGUUAUCAGUCUGCACUGGAGGGAGUUCUUUCCUGGCUUCUUUCAACCGAGGAUAUUUUACAAAGUCAGGGGACAAUUUCUGACAAUGUUGAAGAAGUAAAAGAACAGUUUCAUACUCAUGAGGGCAUUAUGAUGGAAUUAACGUCUCAUCAGGGAAAUGUUGGAGAAGUUCUGCAAGCUGGAAGCCAUCUCUUAGCAGUUGGGAGACUUUCAGAUGAUGAAGAGAAUGAAAUCCAGGAACAGAUGAAUCUCCUCAAUUCUCGAUGGGAAAGUCUCAGGUUGGCGAGCAUGGAAAGGCAAAGCAACUUGCAUAGAACAUUGAUGGACCUCCAGAAUCAGCAACUUCAGCAAUUAAGUGAGUGGCUUUCACAAACAGAAAAUCGGACAAAGAAAAUGGAGGCUGCAAUUCUUGGACCCGACUUGGAAGAUAUAAAACAUCAAUUAGAAGAGCAUAAGGUGUUGCAGGAUGAUUUAGAACAAGAACAAGUUCGAGUAAAUUCACUUACUCAUAUGGUAGUGGUGGUGGAUGAAGCAAGUGGAGACAGAGCUACAGCUGCUUUAGAAGAACAGCUACAGAAUUUGGGAGACCGCUGGGCUGCCAUUUGCAGGUGGACAGAGGACAGGUGGAUUCUCUUACAGGAAAUUCUUCUGAAAUGGCAACAGUUUGCUGAAGAACAGUGCCUAUUUGAUGCAUGGCUGACCGAAAAAGAAGAGGCAGUGAAUAUAAUUCACAGCACUGACUUUAAGGAUCAGAAUGAAAUGCUUUCUAACCUAAGGAAAUUAGCGAUUUUAAAGGGAGAAUUAGAAAUUAAAAAGAAGACAAUGGAUAAUCUCUAUUCACUCAGUCAAGAUCUCGUUUCCUCAUUGAAAAAUAAGGCAGUGUCACAAAAAAAUGAUGCAAGGCUGGAGAACUUUGCUCAGAGGUGGGAUGAUCUUGUGCAGAAGCUAGAGAGCUGUACCAUGAAGAUUUCCCAGGCUGUCACUGCCACUCAGUCGUCACUAACACAGACAACUGUAAUGGAAACUGUAACUAUGGUGACCACCAGGGAGAAAAUUCUUGUUAAGCAUGGUAAGGAUGAGCUCCCGCCGCCACCCCCCCAGAAGAAAAGACAAAUCCUUGUGGAAUCAGAACUUAGGAAGAGAUUUGAUGUUGAUUUAACAGAACUGCAUAGCUGGAUGACACGCUCUGAAGCUGUUCUGCAAAACCCUGAAUUUGCAGUAUUUAGGAAAGAAGGAGACCUCACAGACCUCACAAAGAAAGUUAAAGCCAUAGACAGAGAGAAGCCAGAGAAGAACAGAAAGCUGCAGGAGGCCAAUAGGAAUGCCCAGACUCUGAUGGAACAGAUGUUGAAUGAUGGCCUUAAUGCAGACAGCAUCACACAGUCCUCUCAGCAUUUGAACAGCCGGUGGACAGACUUCUGUCAGUUAUUGGGCGAGAGACUGUCUUGGCUGGAAUAUCAAAAUAACAUCAAUGCCUUUUACUCCAAGUUACAACAAUUGGAACAGACAGUAAUUACAGCUGAAAACUGGCUAAAAGCACAAAGUAUUAUAGCCUCCGAAGCUGAAACAGUCAAAACACAGUUGAAAAAAUGCAAGGAUGAAGUUGCCCGCCUGUCAGCUCUGAAGCCUGACAUUGGAUCCUUGCAAGUUCAGGGACAACAAUUGAAAGAAAAGGAGCAGAGGCCAAUUUUUCUGGAUGCAGAUGUAGCAGCUUUUCUCAACCACUAUAAUCAAGUUCUUUCCAACUUGCAAUCUAGAGAAAAACAGCUUCAAAACAUUUUAGACAGUUUACCUCCAACACAGUACAAGGAGAAAAUGAGCACUAUCCUUCUGUGGAUCCAGCAGUCUGAAACCAAACUUGCUAUACCUCAGGUCACUGUUACUGAAUGUGAAAUCAUGGAACACAGACUCAGGGAGCUAAAGGCCUUACAAAGUUCCCUGCAGGAGCAUCAGUCAGAUAUGAAUUAUCUCAGCAAAACUGCAGAGGAGUUAUCUAGUAAAGCACCUGCUGAUGUCAAACAAAAAUACUGGACAGAAAUUAACCAAGCCCAAAGUCGUUGGAAGACAUUAUCAAAUCAGCUUGCAGGACAAUGCCAAAAAUCAGAAGAGCUAUUAAAUAAACAUAAACAAUUCCAGAAUGACAUUAAAACAUUAAACAAAUGGAUGGCAGAAGUUAAUGUUUUCCUCAAUGAAGAAUGGCCAGCCCUCGGAGAUUCAGAAGCACUUGAAAAACAGCUUGAACAGUGUACUGCAUUGGCAGGGGAUAUCCAGGCAAUACAACCCAGUGUAAGCAGUGUCAAUGAUGUCGGACAGACUCUGAUUGGUAAAUCGGAACCAAAUUACUUGCCCAAGCUCAAAGAUGAUUUAAAAAAUCUUAAUGAACAGUGGGAUCACAUAUGUAAGCAGGCCAGUGCAAAAAAAGCAGCUCUGAAGGAUGGCUUGGAGAAAACUAUAAGCCUUCGGAAGGAUCUGUCAGAAAUGCAGGAAUGGAUAGCACAAGCUGAGGAUGAGUAUUCAGAAAGAGAUUUUGAGUACAAGACACCAGAGGAGCUACAAAAGGCUUUGGAAGAGCUAAAGAGAGCAAGAGAAGAGGCUGCACAGAAGCAGGACAAGGUGAAGCUUCUGACAGACUCUGUGCAUAACUUCAUUGCAACAGCGCCACCUGCUGCCCAUGAACCAUUAAAAAAAGAGCUGGGUGUUCUAGUCACCAAUUAUGAACGGCUUUGCAACAGAUUAAAUGGAAAGUGUGAAACACUAGAGGAGGUAUGGAAAUGUUGGCAAGAGUUAUUAUCAUACCUAGAAUCUGAGAACAAAUGGAUGAAUGAAGUUGAAGAAAAGUUAAAAACCACAGAGCGUGCCAAGGGGUCACCAGAAGAUAUCUCACAGGCUUUAAAGUCCAUAGCAAAAAUUAUGAAACAUCCAGAAGACAAUCGCAAUCAAAUUAAAGAACUUUCUCAGACAUUAACUGACGGAGGCGUGAUGGAUGAAUUGAUCACUGAAAAACUGGAGAAGUUCAAUACACGUUGGGAUGAGAUACAACAGGAGGCUGUAAGGAGGCAAAAGGUUCUUGAGCAAAGUAUCCAGUCCGCCCAAGAGACUGACAAAGCUAUUCGCUCAAUUCAGGAGUCUCUUGGCACCACAGACAGACAGUUGACGGCCUAUAUUUCAGAUAGGAUUGAUGCAGGUCAGGUUCCUCAGGAAGCACAGAAAAUACAGUCCGAUUUAUUGAGUCAUGAGAUUAGUUUGGAUGAAAUGAAGAAAAGAAAUCAGGGAAAAGAAAUGUCUAAAAAGGUUCUUUUACAAAUUGAUAUUGCUCAGAAAAAAUUGCAAGAGGUUUCUACAAAGUUCAGAUUAUUCCAGAAACCAGCAAAUUUUGAGCAGCGUCUUAAAGAGUCUAAAAGAAUUCUGGAUGAAGUGACCUCAGAGUUGCCAAUUCUGGAUAUGAAGAGUGUGGAUCAAGACACAGUUCAAACACAGUUAGAUCAAUGUAUGAAACUCUACAAAAUUUUAAGUGAAGUUAAAUCCGAAGUAGAAACAGUGAUAAAGACUGGACGUCAGAUAGUACAGAAACAACAAACGGAGAACCCUAAAGACCUGGAUGAGAGGCUGACUGCUUUAAAAUUGCAAUACAACGAGUUAGGAGCAAAGGUGACUGAAGGAAAGCAGAUGCUGGAAAAAUGCCUAAAAUUCUCAAGGAAGCUAAGGAAAGAGAUGAGCAGCUUAACUGAAUGGUUAGCCACAACAGAUACCGAAGUGACAAAGAGAUCAUCUGAGGAGGGUAUGCCAACUAAUUUAGAGGAAGAGAUAGCCUGGAGCAAGACUACACAAAAAGAGAUGGAGAAACGACAGCUGCAACUAAAAAAUAUAUGGGAUUUAGGGGAUUCCCUCAGAGGCGUGCUUGGAGAAAAGGCCAGCCUGGUGGAUGAUAAACUUAGUCUACUGAAUAGCAAUUGGCUGGCAGUAACUUCAAGAGCUGAGGAAUGGUUCCGUCUGCUGUUGGAAUAUCAAAAGCAAAUGGAAUCUUUUGAUCAAGGUGUUGCUAGCACUACAGCUUGGAUGUACCAUGCAGAAAUAUUGCUAGAUGAAUUAGAGCGACAAAAGCCCCAAGAGAGAGAAGAGACGCUGAAGCUUUUAAAGUCUGAGCUGAAUGAUAUUCAGCCAAAGGUGGAUUUGGUGCAUGACCAAGCUGCAGAGUUAAUGACAAACCGUGGUGAUCACUGCAAGAGGAAAGUAGAAACCAAGCUGUCUGAACUGGACCAGCGAUUUACCCCUAUAUCUCAAAAGAUAAAGAGUGGAAAGCCAAUUGUCUCCUACAAGGAACUGGAACAGUUCAAUUUUGACAUACAGAAAUUGCUUGAACCACUGGAUGCCGAAAUUCAGCUUGGUGUGAAUCUCACAGAAGAAGACUUCAAUACAGAUAUGAGAAAAGAUGACGAUGGGAAAGUGAAAGAAUUGUUGCAGAGAGGAAAUAAUCUUCAGUUAAAGAUUGGCGAUGAUAAAAAGAGAGAAGAAAUCAAACUAAAACAACAACUAUUACAGUCCAAACACAAUGCUAUCAAGGAUUUGAGAUCACAAAGAAGAAAAAAAGCUUUGGAGAUUUCUCAUCAAUGGUAUCAAUAUAAAAGACAAUCUGAUGAUUUACUGAAAUGUUUGGAUGACAUUGAGAAGAAAAUAGCUAGUCUUCCAGAACCCAAAGAUGAGCAGAAGCUUAAGGAGAUUGAUGGAGAAUUGGAGAAGAAGAAAGAAGAACUGAAUGCAGUACACAGACAAGCUGAACGUUUGUCUAAGGAUGGGGCUGCCAAGGCGGUGGAGCCAACUCUGAUCCAUCUUAACAAACGCUGGCGAGAAAUUGAGAGCAAAUUUGCUCCAUUCCGAAGACUGCACUAUGCACAAAUUCAAACUGUUCAUGAAGAACGCACUCUAUCAAUGACUGAAGGAAUUAAAGUUGAUGCCUCUAAUGUGCCUUCUACAUACCUGGCAGAGAUUGCACGCCUCCUGCAGUCUAUUGCUGAGGUAGAUCUUCUACUCAACUCUUCAUGUCUGAAUAAAAAAAACUUUGAAGAUCUUGAUAAACAAGAUGAAUGUCUCAAGAACUCAAAAGAAAUACUGGGCAAAUUAUCAGGUCAAAACAUGGUCAUUCAAAGCAAGAAAACUGCAGUUCUCAAAUCUGCUACACCAAAAGAAAAUGAGAAGAUUCAAGAAAAACUGUCUGAAGUUUGUUACCAGUGGGAAAACGUCAACAAGUUGUACAAUGAUCGGCAAGAGAAAUUUGAUAGAUCUCUGGAAAAGUGGAUGAAACUGCAGGAUGACAUGGGCAACCUCAAUCAAUGGCUAAGUGAAGCAGAGGCAAUUCUAUCAGAAUGUCAAGGGGAUAUAAGGGAUCCAGAACUGUCCAAACAGCAACAGAAGAGGUUGAAGGUACUUGAAGAUGGCAUAGGACAGCAACAAGCUACUGUCAGAGAACUGAAUGUAUUUAGUGGAGAGGUUGCUGAGCAGUCCUCGCCUGCUGAUUCUGCUCAUAUUAGGGAUCAUCUGGAUACCUUGAAUGUACGGUGGAAUACAAUAAACAGAAAGCUAAAUGAGAGAAGGCAAAGACUAGAAGAGGAAAAGAAUAAGUUGUAUGGACUACACAAAGACCUAAAUAACUUCCGAUUUUGGCUAGAAGAUGCCGAGAAAAUUGCUAGUACACCAGCGGAACAAGGAAAUGAGAUUCAACUGAAUGAAUUACUGGAAAAAGUAAAGUUGAGAGUAGAAGAGCUUCUACCACGCAAGGAAUUCCUGAAAGAAUUAAAUGAAAGCGGAAGUACAGCGAUAGGAAGUGUCACAAUUGCACCAGAAGAAAAGCGAAAAAUUGAAAGUGGCCUCAAAGAGGCUAAUCAGCGCUGGAUAAAGGUGUCCAAGGAUCUGCACGACAAACAAAAUGAAAUUGAAGAUCAUUUAAAGAAUUGCUCCUUAUUUGAACUACAGUUAAAUCAAUUGACAUUGUGGGUUUCUUCUGUGAAAGAUCAGUUAUUGUUCUACAAUCAAGUGGGAAGACCUGGAGUAUUUGACAUCAAGGAAACAGAGGAUGCUAUAGCAGCUAAGCAGCCACAUGUGGAAGGGAUAUUGUCUAAGGGAUAUCAACUGCACACAGAGAAAUCCACUUCCUAUGCUUUAAAGAGAAAACUAGAAGACCUGAAUAAAGAGUGGAAUACGGUCAAUCUGUUACUAGAGGAAUUGAAAAGGAGGCCAACCUUGACAUCAUCUGUUGAACAUCCUGGCCAAACAGUCUCCGUGGUGACUCAGACCCUUGUAACCACAGGCACCAGUACAGCAGAUAUGCCUUCGUCACUUCUCAUGGAGGUGCCGGCACUGGCUGAAUUCAACAAGACUUGCUCAGAGCUAAAAGAUUGGCUUACACUACUGGAUCGUGUGAUAAAGGCUCAGAUUGUGACAGUGGGGGAUGUGGAAGAAAUCAAUGAGAUGAUUAUCAAACAAAAGGUAACUCUGCUGGAUUUAGAACAAAAACGUCCCCACUUGGAAGAACUUAUAACUGCAGCACAGAACUUGAAAAACAAAACAAGCAACCCAGAGGCUCGUGCAGUGGUUACAGAUCGCAUUGAAAAAAUACAAAACCAGUGGGAGGACGUACAAUGCCACCUUCAGAAUCGAAGACAACAGCUCCAGGAAAUGUUGAAGGAUUCCACACAGUGGCAAGAAGCUCGUCGGGAGGCAGAACAGGUGUUGGAGAAAGCAAAAGGAAGGAUUGACUCUUGGCAGGAAAUAUCAUACACAGUUGAGUCUCUGAAGAAACAGAAUACCGACCUCAAGCAAUUUUCCAAGGAGCUUCAUCAGUGGCAGAUAAAUGUUGAUGUAGCAAAUGAUUUGGCCUCAAAGCUUCUACGUGACUAUUCUUCUGAUGACACCAGAAAAGUGGAGCUGAUGAAAGACAACAUUAAUAUGGGUUGGACAAAAAUAAAUAAGAGGGUUAGUGAACGUGAUGGUGCACUUGAAGCGGCUUUACGACUGUUGCAGCAGUUUUACUUAGAUUUGGAAAAGUUUCUCGCUUGGCUCACAGAAUCUGAGACUACGGCUAAUGUUCUGCAAGACGCUAAACAUAAAGAUGGGAUAUUAGAAGAUGCACAAGGCCUUCGAGAAAUAAUGACCCAGUGGCAGGAAUUACAAGCAGAUAUUGAUGGCCACACAGAAGUAUUUCAUUCUUUGGAUGAAAAUGGACAGAAAAUGCUUACAUCAUUGGAAGGAUCUGAAGACGGGGUUCUUCUGCACAGGCGACUUGAUAAUAUGAAUAUCAGAUGGAAUGAGCUCAGGAAAAGAUCACUUAACAUCAGGUCUCAUUUAGAAGCCAGCACAGAGCACUGGAAGCGAUUACAUAUCUCUCUACAGGAACUGCUUGUAUGGCUGCAGUUGAAGAACGAGGAACUAAAGCAGCAGGAGCCCAUUGGUGGGGAUGUUCCCAAAGUGCAAAGCCAGAUUGACACACAUCGGACCUUCAAGAGGGAGUUAAAAGCCAAGGAGCCUGUUAUCAUGAGUGCACUUGAUACUGUGAAGUUAUUCCUAGUAGAACACCCUUUUGAGGGAAUGGAGAAGUUGUACCAUGAGCCAAGAGAACAUCAUGUAGAAGAACAGUCCAAGAAUGUCAGUAGGAUCCUGCAGAAGCAGGUUGAUGAUGUAAGAUUUGAGUGGGACAGGUUGAACGUACAUUCAGUUGAGUGGCAGAAAAAAUUAGAUGAUGCGCUUAAAAGACUGCAGGAGCUUCAGGAUGCAAUGGAUGAACUGGACCAUAAACUGCAUCAAGCAGAAGCCAUGAAAGGGUCCUGGCAGCCAGUGGGAGAUUUGCUGAUUGACUCACUUCAAGAUCACAUAGCAAAAGUUAAGGCCUUCCGAGCGGAAAUAGCACCAAUUAAAAAUAACAUAAAUCAAGUGAAUGAUCUUGCACACCAGUUCAAUGCAACGGAUGUCCAACUGUCUCCAUAUAAUAUCAGCCACCUUGAAGAGUUGAACACCAGGUGGAAACUCUUACAGGUGUCCAUUGAUGAGCGCAUCAGACAAUUGCAUGAAGCCCAUAGGGAUUUUGGUCCCACAUCUCAGCAUUUCCUUUCCACUUCUGUCCAGGGUCCCUGGGAGAGGGCAAUUUCACCAAAUAAAGUGCCAUACUACAUAAAUCAUGAAACACAAACAACCUGCUGGGAUCAUCCCAAAAUGACAGAGCUAUAUCAGUCUCUAGCUGACCUGAACAAUGUCAGAUUUUCAGCAUACAGAACUGCCAUGAAACUAAGGAGACUGCAAAAGGCCUUGUGCUUGGAUUUAUUGGGCUUGUCUGCAGCCUGUGAUGCCUUGGACCAGCACAACCUCAAGCAGAAUGACCAGCUUAUGGACAUCCUGCAGAUUAUUAAUUGCUUGACCACAAUUUAUGAUCGACUGGAGCAAGAGCACAACAACCUGGUGAACGUUCCGCUCUGCGUAGACAUGUGCCUGAACUGGCUCCUGAAUGUUUAUGACACGGGCCGGACUGGAAGAAUCCGUGUAUUGUCUUUUAAAACCGGUAUUAUUUCCCUAUGUAAAGCACACUUGGAAGAUAAAUACAGAUACCUGUUCAAGCAAGUAGCAAGCUCUACUGGAUUUUGUGACCAGCGGAGACUGGGCCUCCUCCUUCAUGACGCUAUUCAGAUUCCACGGCAGCUGGGUGAAGUGGCCUCCUUUGGCGGAAGUAACAUAGAACCCAGUGUCAGGAGCUGCUUUCAAUUUGCCAACAAUAAGCCAGAAAUUGAAGCAGCUUUGUUUCUGGAUUGGAUGAGGUUGGAACCACAGUCGAUGGUUUGGCUCCCGGUGCUCCACAGAGUUGCUGCUGCUGAAACUGCCAAACACCAAGCCAAGUGUAAUAUCUGUAAGGAAUGUCCAAUUAUCGGUUUUAGGUACAGAAGUUUAAAGCACUUUAACUAUGACAUCUGCCAAAGCUGCUUCUUUUCUGGCCGUGUUGCUAAAGGUCACAAAAUGCACUAUCCGAUGGUGGAAUAUUGCACUCCUACUACAUCUGGAGAAGAUGUUCGCGACUUUGCAAAAGUUUUGAAGAAUAAAUUCAGGACAAAAAGAUAUUUUGCUAAACACCCAAGGAUGGGUUAUCUGCCCGUUCAGACUGUUCUAGAAGGUGACAACAUGGAGACUCCUGUUACUCUGAUCAACUUCUGGCCAGUAGAUUCUGCCCCUGCCUCAUCUCCCCAGCUAUCACACGAUGACACUCACUCACGAAUUGAACACUAUGCUAGCAGGCUAGCCGAAAUGGAAAACAGCAAUGGAUCAUAUCUGAAUGAUAGCAUUUCUCCCAAUGAAAGCAUAGAUGAUGAACAUUUGCUUAUCCAGCACUACUGCCAAAGCUUGAACCAGGAGUCCCCUCUAAGCCAACCCCGAAGCCCUGCCCAGAUAUUGAUCUCUUUGGAGAGUGAAGAGCGAGGCGAACUUGAGAGAAUCCUUGCUGACUUGGAAGAAGAGAAUAGAAAUUUGCAGUCUGAAUAUGAUAGAUUGAAGGAGCAGCAUGAUCACAAGGGACUAUCCCCACUGCCCUCCCCUCCAGAAAUGAUGCCAGCGUCCCCACAGAGCCCACGUGAUGCAGAGCUCAUUGCAGAAGCCAAGUUAUUGCGCCAGCACAAGGGGCGCCUGGAAGCCAGAAUGCAGAUACUGGAAGAUCACAACAAGCAAUUAGAGUCACAAUUGCACCGGCUUAGACAAUUGCUAGAGCAGCCGCAAGCUGAGGCAAAGGUGAAUGGUACAACAUUUUCCUCUCCUACUCCCUCGCUGCAGAGAUCAGAGAGCAACCAGCCCAUGUUGCUUCGUGUUGUUGGCAGCCAAACAUCGGAAACCAUGGGUGAGGAUGACCUCCUUAGUCCUCCCUAUAACACAAGCACAGGAUUAGAGGAAGUCAUGGAGCAGCUUAACAACUCUUUCCCAACUGCAAGAGGAACCAAUGUAGGAAAUCUCUUUCACAUGGCUGAUGAUUUGGGAAGAGCGAUGGAGACUUUAGUGACAGUUAUGACAGAUGAUGAGGUGUUAGAGUAACUGCUCCUUACACACCGCAUGUGUUUUUAUAUACUAUCUUCGUACAACAAAGAGGAUUAGACUGUAAGAGUUUACAAGAAAUAUCUAUAUUUUUGUGAAGGGUAGUGGUACUAUACUGUAGAUUUCAGUAGUUUCUUAAGUCUGUUAUUGUUUUGUUAACAAUGGCAGAUUUUAAAUGUCUAUGCAAUUGUACAAAUUCAAUAAGAAAACAUGUAAAAUCUUGAUAGCUUACAAAAAAAAAUCUUGCCAUUUCUUUUUACGGAGGGCAAUUUUGGGUUAAUUAAAAAAUUUCUAUCAGUUAUAAAGAAAGAUUAUAAAGUAAAGUGUGCUUUAUAAAAAAGACAAAAAAAAAUUAUUAAAAAAACUCCCAUUGAAAAACGAAAAAAAAAAAAAAAAUCAGUGCAUUGAGUUUAGAAUCACCUUGGCUUUGUAACUCAACAAUAACCAUGUUGUGUCAUAUUCUUGUGUAUCAAAGAAUACCAGUUAUAGCACCAAAUCGGAUCUGGACUUCUAUGCUACCUGCUACGGACACAUUUGUUAUAUGAAGAUCCAUAGAAAUGGUCAAGACCCUCAGUAUUAUUUUAUCCUAAGAAUUUUAACUUUUCAUAUUAAGGAAAUCACUGUAUAGACAGUACUAUAACCCAUCUACUAAAAUGCAUUCAUUUUAAAAUAUUCAGUACUCUUAAUACUAAGACUUUGUUUAUUGCUGCAUCUCGAAGCUUAAUGUGUACCUCUAACCUACACAGUGGAGUCUGACAUUUGGGCCAAGUGUAAUACAUCCUGAUUUGGCAAAAGUGCAGAUUUUUCCACAAGAUUUAAAGUGGCGUUUCUGUGUUUUGUUUGUUUUUUAAUUACAAAACCAGGUUGUUGUUUUUUUAAUUGCCACUUUUAAAUUUCAUCUCAGAAUAUCCAACAGAUAUGCACUUUUGCCAAAUCAGCGACCAUUGUUUUUGGGUGAACCAACAACAACAUCUCACUAGUGUCCUUUAGGGGGACACUAGUGAGAUGACCUAUAAAAUGCCAGUAAAGUGGUUUCUCUGUUUCCUAGUGAAUGGAUAAGCAGAUUAUUGGUUGGACCCAUUGAAUGGCAGCCUCCAUUAUUUUUGGCCAAUGGGAACACUUUAACAAAAAGAAUAUUCAGCCCUAUGGGCAUGGCAUCUAGCAAAAAAGUGUUUGUGGUUUCUUUCUUCAAAAUAUUGGAAAUUAAGUGUUUUGCUAUAUUCUAUGGGAUAUUUUAGGUACCAGUAUCCUGUUGGCAAAUAGAUAUCUUUUGUAUGGGUACAUUUUAUGGCUGGGAUUUCCAGGAGUAAACUUUUUUUUUUUUUUUCUUUGAACAAAUCAAACCACAUUUUGAAUAGCCUGAUAACAAAAACAUGAAAAGUGCAGAGGAAAAAAUGUUUUUUUGUUUUGCAAGCUAAUGGGGUGGAAAACUGUAUUUAAAAUAUUCUAAACCUUUUAUUAUGUAUUUGAAUGCUUUUACUAAACCAUUGGUACUGGAUAUUUACUUGUUAAAUGUAAUGUUUGGCAAAAGCAAAAUUUUUCAUCGUAACAUACAUUCAGGGUAAUAAUAUUACAACAAGGUAACAUUUGCGUCAAUUAUUUUUUAAAGAAAUACAGCAAUGUGACUAAUAGUGAAGAUGAAAAUAUAAGCAGCCAGUGAUUUCAAAUUAAUGUGACUGCUCUUAAGUGCCCAUUAAGAACACUAUUAUGCCCUGACUUAAUGUGUGCAGUUAAGCAAUAAUUAAAUGGGCCAGUACAGAGUCAGUGUGUUCAUGACCUAGUGCCCAGAAAUAAAUACUGAUUGUAGAUGUUACAUUGCAGAUUAAGUAGCUGAUAGUUUCAGUAAAAAGAAUGCAGCCCUGUCAUGUCUUAUAUGACUAAUGUGGUACUGAGGUCUUUUUUUUUUUCAACAUCCCCUAUAACAUUAGUAGUUAAUAUGAAACAUGAAAGUGGUUCUAAAUUAAUAGAAAAAAAGAAAAUCCGUCACCGACCAUAUUAAAAUACAGCAUCUCACGCUGCAAGUAAAUUUCAAUUCCAUGCAGCUGUCAAAUUUGCACAUUGGCACUUUUGGAAAUCUAAUUUCCAAUCUAUGGCACUAGUAAUAACUGAAAUAAAGAAUAUAAACAUAAGGUCAGCCACUGUGAGACCCACCCUUGUUAUCAGACUCUCUCUGGGAAAUGAGUCAUCAGUGACUCCCAGGAACACCAAUACCACUGAAGUUGAAAGUGGUUGAUUGUUGCUUCUGAAUACCAAAAAUGUUAACAAUUUACUUAUUUUGUCCUGUGAUUGGAACAGCAGAGCAGUUGGAAAGUAGAUUUCUGUAUCAGAGUUACCUGAAAUGAUAGCUCUGCAGUAAAAGCAAUCAGCAGCAUCCACAUACACUAAACGUGUCCUCCGCAUCCCAUCGGAGUGUAGAUCAGCUGCAUUUCAACCAUGUUAUUACACUUUGAUACAGGGUAGAAAAGCUACGACUGUGUGUAUUCUCUAUAGAAGUCCACACAUUGGUAUGUAACAAACAUGCUCAUACCUAGUACCCCACAUGCUUCCAUCCAUUUCACUGUCCUGUUAAUGACAGCUAUUUAUUUAAUAGUUGUUUUUCAAUUACUCUGUUUUUGGACAUUUUAAAUAAUCCAGAAGACACGUUCUUCCCAUUUUGGGAUAUAUUAUACUGUUAUAUUACAAGGGUAAUGUACCAGGGACAACCCACUAGAUCACACAAACUACUUGUUUGAUUUUGUGUUUUAUUUUUGUCAUCAAACUUGACAAAUCAUGUUCCAUCUACCUCACUAUGGUUUUGUGGUGUUUUUGAACAUUUCAGCAAAACACAUACCAUCAUUACCACUUUAUCCAUUGUGUGAAAGUCCAUUUAUUCAGCAAGUGCCCAUUGUACAGCAAAAGCCCAUUAUAUAGCACUGGUAUGAUAUUUUCUUACUGUAACAAUAUUGGGUAUAUUAAACAAAGCCUUUUUUUGUUUUGUUUUUUAGAAAACUGUGGAAUAAUGUAUCCCUGUAUGGACACUAGAAGUCACAAAAGGCCAGUCACAAUACAAAAGUGCAAGGCCUCCCUAGAGUGACUUUUAAUAUUCUUUGUACUUGACGUUUAUGGGGUACAUGGUUCCCUUAUAAUGCACAAGGGUCAGUAGCAAACAGGGAUAUAUUUCACAGGAUAUUUCUAUGUGUGUAAAUGUAUCUGUGUUAGAGGAUUGAGAUAUCAAAUACAUAUUUAUAUACACACAUAUUUACACACAAUAUUUAUUAAAAAAAUCUCCUGUUAAAUGCAACAUUGCUAAAGAGAACUACUGUACUGUACUAACAAGUCAUUGUAACUUUUUGUUUUGGUCAUUAUGGCUCGCCAAUCUUCUGUCUUUAAAAUUCUGCAGUGCUAUACACAAGGGGUAUUCAGCUGUUGUGCAACUACAUAUCCCAGCAUGCCCUGACAGUUUUUUUGCUACUAGGGUAUGCUAAAACUGUAGCAUGGCAUGGUGGGAUGUGUAGUUCCACAGCUGUUGGAGGGCAGCGUGUGGAAUACUCCUGUUAUAUACUACCAACGGUAAACUGCAUGUUUAUUAAUGUGUUCAUUUAAAGUUUAGCCCAUACAUUUUCAAAUAAUUAUUAAAAACAACAUAACAUUUAAUCUUGUACAGAUGUGGCCACCUACAUCUAGCCUCCUGGCAUGUUAAACAGACCUUUUAGUAACGCCAUGCUGUGACGUGACUCUGUAGCGCCGGGCAUCUUUUGGUGUGCUUUUUUUCCAUUAAAAUGCGUUUUAUUCGUAUAACGAUGGAAAUAGGAUGCACCGCUAUGCAAAUAAGACGCACAAGCAGCUUAUGCUGAUUAAAAUGAUUUGCUGCCUAUAUUCUUUGUGCAACAGUGGCUGUAUCUGCAUACAAAAUGCUACGUUACAGUGUGUUCCUAGCAGGGCCGUUUCUAGACAAUUUGGCUCCCAGUGCGAGAUUUAAAAAUGCGCCCCCCCCCCCCCCAUAUAGCCGUAAAAAUAAAAAGCAUGCGCGCGCCGAAGGCGCGCUCGCUCCCGACAAGGGUGUGUGGCCUGAUAAAAAUGGGUGUGGUCUCAUUAAAGUGGGCGCAGCCUCGUCUGAUAUCAUCACACCCACCACAGGGGAAAAAAAAUAAAAAUAAAAAAGUCCCCUUUUUACACAUUACAGCAGGCAAGUGUCCCCAUAUUACACAGCGCGGCAGGCAGGUGUCCCCAUUUUACACAGUACGGUAGGCAGCUAUCCCCAUUUUACACAGUACGGUAGGCAGGUGUCCCCAUUUUACACAGUGUGGCAGGCAGGUAUCCCCAUAGGCAGGUGUCCCCAUUUUAUACAGUGCGGCAGGCAACCCCAUAUAACCCCAUAUGCAGGUGUCCCCAUUUUAUACAGUGCGGCAGGCAACCCCAUAUGCAGGUGUCUCCAUUUUAUACAGUGCAGCAGGCAACCCCAUAUGCAGGUGUCCCCAUUUUAUACAGUGCAGCAGGCAACCCCAUAUGCAGGUGUCCCCAUUUUAUACAGUGCAGCAGGCAACCCCAUAUGCAGGUGUCCCCAUUUUAUACAGUGCGGCAGGCAGGUAUCCCCAUAGGCAGUUGUCCCCAUUUUACACAGUGCGGCAGGCAGGUUUCAAGUGGGGGGGAAGGAAGAGGGAGAAAGAGAGAGAGGAUACUUACAUCUUCCGCUCUUCGGUCCCGCCGCCUCGCGCUGGCCGCCUCCUCCUUCCAUGCGUAUCUCCUCUCCCCGAGCGCUCCUGCUCGG